AUGCGCGUGACACUGAACGACGGCCGCCAGAUGACCGGGCAGAUGCUGGCGUUUGACAAGCACAUGAACCUCGUCCUUGCCGACACUGAGGAAUUCCGCAAAGUCCGACGGCGCCAAAACAAGCCCUCCGCCCCCGGUGCCCCUGGCUCCGCUGCCACCUCCCAAGCCGUCGAGACAGAAGAGAAGCGCACACUAGGCCUGGUGAUUCUCCGUGGGACGAAUAUCGUAAGCUGUUCAGUUGAAGGACCUCCUCCAUCAGACCCGAGUGCAAGGCUGGGCACUUCAGCCCCGGGAGGCGCGCCGAGCGCAUUACAGGCCGGGACGGGCAUUUCGCGACCAGCGGGACGAGGCCUUCCAGUUGGAUUGGGUGGACCGGUUGCAGGCGUGGGAAUGGGCGGUCCACCAGCACCAGGCGGCGGACCACCUGGAGGCGCACCGUUUGGAUUUCCUCCACCACCACCCGGAGGAUUCCCUGGAGGUGCUCCGCCCCCAGGUUUUGCUGGGAGGGGAGGACCGCCGCCGGGCUUCGGAGGGCCGCCGCCUGGGUUUGGAGGACCACCGGGUGGACCACCUACCGGGUUCGGAGGGCCUCCUGGGCAGGGGAGAGGGUUUCCUCCCCCAGGAUUUGGUGGUCGUUAG